AUGGCGGUGCCAGGUACCCCAGGGCAGACACUUCGACCUCCAGAAGUCACGCACACGCGCCCUGAGGACCCAAAUACCCCUAGCCUAGCUAACCUACGCACUACGAAAAGACACAGGCAAGCCGAAGCAGCGCCUAUACCUAUAUCGUUCGGUGAUAGUGCUAACAAGAGACAACUGGUGACGGGCGCGGUUACAGAGAAGAUCACGGCAGCCCAAGCGGCCGCCAAAACUAGACACAGCAUCAUCACAGCUAUUGCGAACGCGAUCGAUCAUUGCCUAGAGAACUACACUAGCGCAGCUGAGCGCCUAGUCGCACAAGAACUACAGCAACGUGUGGUGUAUGCCCUAACUAACUCUAUCCACCACCCAUCCACGACCACCCCCCAGCCUGCGAGCGACGCCGGGCCUAAACCUACACGCACAUAUGCGGACGUCGCAGAACUCCCCAACAGCCACCCUAUGCAGAAAAGGGGCGCCGCUAUAACCAAGACGGCAGCGACCCACCGAAACGGCGUAACCCUGAAUAAGCCGCCGAAUAAGCCUAUACCAGAUAGCCGAAUUCUUUUCCAGCUAUCUACAGCACAGAGAGUAAAAGAUCCUUCGCCCUUUGUAAUGCGAAAAGCACUAUGCGCAAAGAUUGAUAACCUCAUUCUGCAAGAUAUCCCAAGACUCACAACGACAAAAACAGGCUGGGCACUCACACCAGCCAACGACGCUAUCAAGAGCCGACUGCUGCAGCUAGAUAACGUUGAAGUCAUGCUAGAAACUCUAGGUGCAGUCGGAUUCCAGCUCCCGGAGAAAUGGAUCAACUAUGCAGUGCAGCGUGUAGAGGCGGCUCUCAUAGGACUCCACAUAGGCGGAGACGCAGCAGUACUAAUCAGCGAAGAAAAUGUUGCAGAGGAAGUUUAUUCCCAGACAUGAGUAAAGCCGCGAACCUGCAAGCAAUCUAGACACGGCCCAGACAGGUUUGGCACGAUGACCUGGAUAAUAUCCUUUGCCGAACGAGUACGACCAUUCCGGAUUUUUGGAAUAAGUGAAUGGGCAAAAGAGAUAAAGAAAAACCCGCCAGUGGCCAUCCACAACCCGGGAUGUCAGGGUUACUGCAACACGUCUAGGUGCACACGUGCAGCACGCUGCGACAACUGCGGCC